AUGGAAGAUGACCCUGGCGCCGCGGAUGAUGAGAGGAUCAUCGAACUUUCAUCUAUCGCGGCAAUCUUUCCUGAGAUAGUUCUCGAUCGUAAUUCGCCCUAUCAAGCUUCCUUAGAUAUUUCUGUCUCACCAGCUGCGCCACUGAAGAUUUGCUUUCAGCACCUUACCGAAACCUCUCUCCUCAAUCUUCCUACACCUCCUACCUCGACAGAGCCGGACACAGAAGAUUUGGAUGCGGCUCUGAAGGAUGGCCCAAGGCAGAAGAACCAAGGGACCGCGGCUGUUCACGAACUGGUUCACCUUCCUUCACUAAACCUCAAAAUAUGUCUGCCUGAAGGAUACCCCGCCGAGACAGCUCCUGUCUUUGAGCUCUCGUCCUGUCCCGCUUGGAUACCUGAAACCACGUUACAGCGUUUGACCAGAGAUGGCGUGAGGCUAUGGGAGGAACUGGGAAGAGAUCAGGUCAUCUUCACGUAUAUCGACCAUCUGCAACAAGCUGCCGAAGCAGGCUUCGAUCUAGCUAAGGACCUGGGACGAGAAUUUACCCUGUCAGGUGAACUCGAGAUUGCUCUUCUGGAUUACGAUCUGAAGUCAAAGCGUGAAGUGUUCGAAAAGGAGACUUUCGACUGCGGUAUAUGCCUGGAGCCCAAGAAGGGUGCUGUUUGCCACCGGCUUCUGCUCUGCUCACACGUUUUCUGCGUUGAAUGCUUACAAGAGUGUUAUAAAAAGUGCAUUGCUGAAGGAGAUGUAGACAAUGUGAAAUGCUUAGAUCCUGGAUGCGGAAAGGACACCAACCCACUUCCACCAAACGAGCAAGCUCACCAAGGACGGACGGCAGCAAGACGGAGAAGAAGACAAGAUCCAACGCUGAGCCCAAGUGAGCUCUUACAGAUACCCCUCGCCGAGGAAGUCGUGCAACGCUAUGUGCACCUUAAACGCAAGAAGAAACUUGAGUCGGAUAAGAACACCGUGUACUGUCCUCGACAGUGGUGCCAGGGUGCUGCUCGGUCCAAGAAAUACCCUAAACCGAUCGAUCCCAUGCACGACGCUGCAGAUGUCACAUCAGACUCGGAUGAAGAUCCCCAGGACACUUCAAAUAAAGGUUCUAAGGAAUCAAAGACCCAGGAGAUACCGAUGUCUGAGCGCCUGUGCAUAUGUGAAGACUGCAGCUAUGCAUUCUGUUCUGUCUGCAAAAAGGGCUGGCAUGGCGAAUUGACUUCUUACAGCCUGUGCAACCCUCGUUCUGAAAAGGAGCUCACCGAAGAGGAAAAAGCAACCGCGGAAUACCUUGCGCUACAUUCGACGCCAUGUCCAACUUGCUCUGCCCCUUGUCAAAAGACAAUGGGAUGCAACCAUAUGAUUUGCUUCAAAUGUCGCACUCACUUCUGCUAUCUCUGCAGCAGCUACCUCAUGGAGUCCAACCCUUAUCAACACUUUAAUGACAAGCACAAUCAAUGCUAUAUGCGCCUCUGGGAGUUGGAAGACGGGGACGAUGAAAACGCGCAAGUUGUUGCAUGGGACAUACCGCCAGACGGGCUAGCCUUCGACUCUGACUCCGACGACGACGAUCUUUCUGAUGAUGAUGAUGACGAGAGAGACAUCAAUUGGUUUGAGCGAAACCCUUUACGUCGUGAUGAUGACGAUGCUGCACACUUCUCGGACGAAGAGGAGAUUGGCCAAGAGCCUGUGCAAAGAGGCAGAGAGCGUCUUGCGGCUCCAGCGGACUUCCCCAUCAAGGUCCGCCUCCACCGGCACCAGCUCCACCACGCCUUGGCGGCGGAGCACGCCAACCGUGGUGGCCAACCACUACCUCAACCUCGAAACCGAAAUCCAAAUCAGAACCAGGCUCGGGGCCGUGGCCGAGGUCGAGGUGGCGGACGUGCCCCUCCACCACCACGUGCGGCUGCCCCCGAACCAGCACGUGAACGACGAUUUCCUAUCCACCCGGCCCCACCAUCCGAGAAUGAAAGCGACAGUUCCGACACCGAAGACGAAGUCCCCAUUCGCUUCCCCCGUGGCGCCGCCCCAGCACCCGCACCGGGUCAAGGCAACGAUGGCCAGCAGCAACCCGCCAUGCUACGCCACAUGGGUAUUGACCGCUUCCUGGCAUUGGCAGAACAGGAUCAGGAAGACGAGUGGGAUAGCGAUGAGCUUGAGGAGGAGGUGUUGGAUGUGGUGGAAGAGCGGAGGAGGAGGGCGGCCAACAGGCGGAUCUGGGGUUGA